AGCUCAGGCCCCUACACACUAUGCGCAUCUCUCCACACACUUACACACAGAGUGAAUGUACAAAUGUUAAAUAAUUGCAGUUUGAUUUAGCUGUUUUUCGAUUAUAUUAUACGAUUUGAAAUCAAAAUGUCAGACAACAUUGAAUCCCCAAAUCAAAAUCCCCAAGACUUUCAAGUGCCAGACCUAGCCAUAGAGGCACCGCCCAAAACCCCACUGCCAACCACCAUGGCUGAAGCCGAGCAAGCACCGCCUCAGUCGGAAACCACUGCCGCCACCGCCGCUGCGAAGUAUUCCAGUGCUUCAUUCUGUAUUUGGCCUCCAACUGAACGGACGCGGGACGCCGUCAGGAACCGGCUAAUCGAGACGCUUUCCACCCCCUCCAUUCUCUCCAAGAGGUACGGAACCGUUUCGCGAGAGGAGGCUGUUGAUGCCGCCAAGCGCAUCGAGGAUGAGGCGUUCGAAGCGGCGGGAAAGGCGGCGAGCACUGAUGAUGAUGGCAUAGAGAUUUUACAGGUUUAUUCGAAGGAGAUUAGUAAGAGAAUGCUGGAGACCGUGAAGGCUAGAUCUGCUGAAUCGGUGGCUUCGCAGACGCCGCCGGUGAAUGAGGCGGUGGUUAAGGCGGAGGAGGAGGACACAGGGUCCACGGCUCCGCCUCAGAGUGAGAAAACUGAGUCUGUGGCUGAUGAUGAAUGAGUAACGGAAAGAUUAUUAGCACUUUCCGUUUUCUGCUUUGUAAUCUUGUUAGUGAACUUUUAUGGUUGGAUAUAUUGUGUUGAGAUCUAUGAUGUACUUCUAUGUGGAUCAUUUGGUGCUAAUAUAUUAGUGUUAUUACAUGUUACCAACUCAGCUUUUCUAGGGCUUGUUCUCUAUGAAAGUUGCCUCAUAUUA